AUGUCCCCCGAGGCUGGAGAAAGCGAGCAAGCACCCACCCGUCGUCUUCAAACAGAUGUCAGGGAGAAACCACAAAGACGAACGACAAGGGAUGAACCGGCCUUACGUCCUUCCACUCUGAGCAAAUUAGUCGUCGGCAUCUGGGAGCAGAUCUUCAGUAGCAUGAGCUUCGAUAUCAGCGUUGUCUCUAGUGAAUGGCGGACAGCUGGAUUUCAGGCACGUCGAACACUCAUCACGGACGGUGUGGAGGAUGGCCAGCCGCCCAGUGCGGUACAAGUACCGCCACCUACGGCGCCGGAAAGGACCUUCACUAGGAUGAAUUUGUUGUGUAGAAAAAUCAGUCAAGCCAGUCGAUGCUCACGAGCUCUUGAAGUUGUGGUUCAGGCUUCAUGGGUUGAAUAUUUCGAUCGCCAGGUUUCAGAGAUUGCAAAAGAGAAUCCUCAGCUGUCGGCUACGAAAGCUAGGAUGAAAGCGCUAGCUCAAGCAUGUUCUGAGAUUGGCUGGAGUGAGAAGGAGAUUCGCAACAAGAUGGCCAUCUGGCGUGGUUACAAGGAAAUCAAAGACCACGGAGGAUGGGUAUGUCUGGUGUUUGCAGGAAUGGGUAUCUACAGAUUUUGCAAAUAUCGCAUCGGCUUCGACCCAGAGUCUAUGGCGAUUCUCAGACGAACGCGUGCUAGAUUUGAAGUGGCCGCUGACACAUUGCACCCUUACUGGCGAGAUAUGCUAGCAAUCGUUGGCGACCCUUCUGCUCGCGUCUACACUGGCCAUCCACACGAUUGGGUUGUCUCUGACCAAGACGACCCUGUUCCGUUGAAACAAACUUACCUACAGUAUGACCCACAGUUUUCUUUCACACACCUGGACUCUUCGAUUGUGGAUCCAUAUGCAUUUGGCGCCAACGAUCCUCGUCAAGUUGCUGUGAUUCCCCAACAAUCGGCCUUUGUUUGCAGUGUAUGUGGAGAAAGACAGUCAGAAAUUGCUACCGAAAGCACAUGUCGAUGCUUUCCAAAUCUUUUUGGCAGCGACCAUCUACCAAUGGCGCCUGUCCAAAUUUUCCGCACAAAAAAUGGACGCAAUAACGGUCUCAUGGCAUGUUGUCCCUUCGAACGCGGUGUCGCAAUCGGCGAAUUCACAGGCCUCAUCACAAAAGGUCUCGAAGGCAUGGACGUCAUGCAAGCCGAAGCCGAGCAACGCUACCAAAUCUAUCAAGGCCGCGAAGGCAACUACACUCGCUUUGUCAAUCACUCCUGUCGUCCGAACUCCCAAUUCCAGCGUUUCGUAUGGAUGGGGACGCAAAGAAUUAUUCUUGUGAGCAGAGGCAUUGAAGCUGGACAGGAAAUCACAGUCGACUAUUCGGAUGCUUACUGGCGUAAUUUGCCUAAGACGUGUUUGUGCCAGGAGAGUUGUUGUCGGUUCAAGGAUAGGGAGAGAGGGAGGGUUGAGACUGUGACUGCUUCGCCUUCUUCGUGA